AUGCCUAUUAUCAAUAUGAAGAUUUAUGUGUUAGAUAAUAAAUUAACUCCAUUACCAAUUGGAUCAGUAGGAGAAUUGUAUAUAGGAGGAGUAGGUUUAGCUAGAGGUUAUUUAAAUAGACCUGAUUUAACAGCAGAGAAGUUCAUAGCUAAUCCAUUUCAAAGUGAUGUAGAUAAGUUACAGAAUAAGAAUGCACGAUUAUAUAAGACAGGGGAUUUGGUAAGAUGGUUACCAGAUGGUAAUUUGGAAUAUAUCGGACGUAAUGACUUUCAGGUUAAAAUCAGAGGUUAUCGCGUAGAACUAGGAGAGAUAGAGAGUGUUUUGUUAAGUUAUGAAGGGAUAAAGCAGAGUGCAGUACUUGUCAAAGAACAUACAGAUAGUGAUGGAGUAUCUACAGGUAACAAAUAUUUAGUAGGCUAUUAUGUAUCGGAUUGCAAAUUAGAUGCAGUAAUAGUUUUAAAUUAUUUACAAGCAAGAUUACCAGAAUAUAUGAUACCAAAUA